AUGGAGCAAUUGCAUGAAGCAUUCAAAGCAUUCCAAAGUGGAGGAGCGCAAUUUUCGGUAAGCUAUGCUGAGAUCUGGGCUGAAUUGGAGGUACCUCUGCCACCACCAUCAAUGCCAUUUCUCGACCAUAAUAGUGUAACAUUUACAAGAAAUUUAUUCAAUUCAGGGAAUGAGGGAAAUAUGCCAUGUCCAUCAUUUUUGGCAAUAAGAGAUGUACUUUUCGAACUAUAUACGCCAAAAAAUCCAACAGAACCACAAAUAUUAAAAUUAGAUGAUGUUGAAUUAGUGAAAAAUUCAAAUUUUGAUAAGACAAUUCCAACAAGAAUAUUAGUCCAUGGCUGGGGCUCUACUGGUGCUGAGUUAAUAUCAAAAUUUGCAGACGCAUAUUUUGUAAACGGAAAACAUAAAGUCAAUUUCAUCGCGGUGAACUGGAUGAAAGGAUCGAAUGACUUCAACUAUUUCUGUUCUCGUCAGCUUGUCAAUACAGUAGGAGAACAUCUUGCUGGAUUUAUUAAUUUUAUGUCGAAUAAAUUAUGGAUGACUAUAUCGGAUUUAUGUAUAAUUGGACAUUCACUGGGUGCACAUAUUUCUGGAAUAGCUGGAAAAAAUACAAUCAGAAAAGUGGGCAAGAUAGUCGGCUUAGAUCCAGCUGAACCAUGUUUCAAGUCUGAUGAUGUUGAAAAUCGCCUCGCCGACACAGAUGCGUUGUACGUUGAAACUAUAUUCACGUGUUCUGGCCUACUGGGCCACACUGAGCCACUUGGAAAAGCAAAUUUUUACCCAAAUGGCGGCAGAAACCAACCAGGUUGUGCAUUAGACAUGCUUGGAAUUUGUGCUCAUCAACGAGCAUGGAAAUUGUACGUCGAAAGUAUAAAUUUGCCACAAUUCAAUGCAUUUCAAUGUGACUCAAUUACCAAUUUUCGACGGGGAAAUUGUUCUGUGAUAAAUAAUAUUGUGCAGAUGGGUGGUGAGCCGGGCAAUCGCAGGGGCGUAGAAGGUAUAUUUUAUCUCCAAACAAAUUAUAAGCCCAUGUUUGGAGAAGGCCGUCAAGGAUUGUAUAGUGCAUUGGCUGGAGCAAAGAAGAGAGUGUCAUUGGAAAUGAUUGAACGGAAAAUACCUAAAUAA